AUGUCCGGCCUCUUCAACUCCUAUGAGGAGGACUUCAACGACACUGUGCGAGGCCUCCGCGAGGGCUGUUCGAAACUCCAGGCAGAUGUUGAGGCACAGUCUGCACAUGAAAGGGACCCAACACGCGUUUACUACCCACCGCCUGCCACCGGCCCCCUCAGCCGAGCACAGCAGCUGCAGGUGGUGCAGCAGAGCCUGUCGCACGCGAAGGACCUGGUCACCAGUAUGACGUACGAAAUGACGGACGUCGAGCCCUCACACCGAGCGGCGACGAAAGAGAAGGUGGAGGCGUUCCGUAGGACAUGCAACAGUCUAGAUCAUGAGGUGACCCAGCUGCGACAGUCAUGUAGCGCGGCGGACAGAGCGGACUUGCUUCGGUUUGGUAGCUCCACUGCUGCCGGAGGCACAAGCGACAGCUUCAUGAUGGAGGCGGAUGCCGACACACAGGCGCAUCGCCUCUUGGCCCUUCAAACGACCGAGAAGCUACAGGGCGGUACCAACACGCUGCGCAAGGCAGAGGCAUACCUCGCGCAGACAAAUAGCAUCGGCCACGAGUCCCUGGGCACGCUCCGCAGGCAGACGGAGCAAAUUGCCCACGUGCACGAAACCACCCACGACGUCGACGCCGAAAUAUCGCGAGCGCGGGUGCUCAUCAACCAGAUGCAGCGCACCGCCAUCCGGCACAAGGUCUGGCUUAUUGGCAUCAUUUUUUUACUCGUCAGCCUCGUCGUUCUUCUGCUCUACCUUCGCCGAUAG